CACCGUUUCACCUCCGUGGACGCCGCCAAUAGGAUCAUCAGCUUCGGGCCAGCGGUGGUAGCCCUGUCCCUCUUACGCCAAUACAGGAAGACAUCAUAACGCGACAGUAAAGAAUCAAACAUGAGCGUGACUCUCGCUGCUGGGCCGUCGGUAUUGAGGGAUAUCGUCCGUCCACAGUUUCACCAGAACAAUUUCCGAGAGGAAGUGUUGAUCAAGAAUGAGCUCGGGAUAAAGCUGGACAAAGACGACCAGAUAUGUCGGCUGGCUCUUACGCCAGCUGGCUGCCCGCUGGGACCUUUGCACUGUCCCUUACGCCAUACUACUCCUUCUCCUGCCAAUUUUCAACCACCGAAACAGCUGCCGACACAUCCUCGAGAUCGCGAGCGUCUUGCUACCGUAUGCAAACACUGGUUGCGCGGGCUUUGUAAGAAAGGUGACGCUUGUGAAUUUUUGCACGAGUACAACCUCCGGCGAAUGCCCGAGUGUUGGUGGUAUGCCAAAUAUGGUUACUGCUCGGCUGGCGACGAAUGUCUAUACGCACACCCGAAGGAGCGCAAAAUCGAGUGCCCGGACUACAGAAGAGGAUUCUGUAAGCUAGGCCCGACAUGCCCCCGCAAGCACAUCCGGAGAGUUGCUUGUCAAUUAUACCUCUCGGGCUUCUGCCCGAUGGGACCUGACUGUCCGCGUGGCCACCCGAAACCGCAGCUACCGCCACCAUCAGCAUAUGAACCUCCACCACCUCCUGCCAACCGGGAUCUCGGUCCUCCACCUCCAGGAUACGGUCGAUAUGCGGAUUUUGACCGUGGUGGGCCAUCGUUGACCGGAAACCCGAUGGUUGGCCCCCCUCGCCGGAACCUGGACGAUGUCAUGUGCUUCAAGUGUGGAGAGAAGGGGCAUUACGCGAAUACAUGUCGGAACCGCAAUGUCCCAGGCAACCGAGGCGGGCUCGACAGGUCGAGGAGAUAUGGCGGAGAGGAAUGAUUUCAUCAGUCUACUCCCGAGUUGCAUGGGCGUAUCCGCGUGGCAUCUGUGUUGUUCCUUGCCGAAUUAUGCACUGCUUUU